CCUUUUCCCUGCGCGCGGCUCCGGAACCUCCCAUAUGAUGCCGCUCUGGAAGACAUCUUGAUUCUUUUUCAAGGGCUCGUGGUGAUCGAUGUUGUUAUUUCUUCCCAGGGGGAUGCGUUCGUUAUUUUCGCCAACCCCAUGGAUUUCCAGAUGGCAUUGCAACGCGACCGCCAGACGAUUGGUCGUCGGUUUGUUGAGAUCGUGGCAGCGACUCGCUCGGAGUACUAUGAUGCCAUUGCAAAGAAGUCUGCAGGGGAAUCGGCGUCAGCCAUGGCGUCUUUAUGGGGCGGAUCGCAAGGAGGGAUGAAUUCACUCCCCCCGCAGGGUGGGUACGGAGAAGGAAUGCAGCAUCAUGGACUACUUGGAAUGGGACCGCGAUUGACGGGAAUGAGUCGGCAAGGCGGAAUUCAUACCCCUCUGCAGAAGCGUACUGGAGGAGGUAUUCAGGUUGGAGAACACACGGGCUUUCUACGCGUUAGAGGUCUUCCCUUUAGCGCCACCAGAGACGACAUAUUUAAGUUCUUUUUGGGAUACAAUCCCACGCAGGAGAGCGUCGUUCUGACCUACCGCAAUGAUGGAAGAGCUACUGGAGAGGCGUACAUUGGUUUUGCGACAGCGGACGACUCGAAACGCGCAAUGGAAUUGCACCGUCGGGUGAUGGGUUCCCGGUAUGUUGAGUUGUUUAUCAGUAAUAAGGACGAACAUGGUCGUGCUUUGGCUCGCUUUGGAGGCCGCUAA